ACUGUAAUUAGCACAUAUACAUAUGAGGGAGUAGCAAGCACUGAACUCAAUAGAUCGCGCCUAAAGAUCUUUACGUCUGUCAAAACUUACGGAAACACCUGAUAAGCAAAAAAGGGCAUAACUCUUGAAGUUGGUGGAAAAUUUUGUUGAAAGUUGCUGGAUAAAUGCAUAGAAACGUAGUAGGCCAGAACUUUCUGCACCUCUGAUUUGGACUUGACAUGUUGCUACUUAAGCCCACCAUUGUGUCUAGGUUGGUCUGGUCUGGCAUGGUUUUGGCAUCCAUUUUGGGAGCUUUACUUAUGAUAAAGGGUACAUUUGCCCGGUACAAUUCCAACCCGAGUGUUAUUUCGAGAGAGACUGACUUCCGCUCUUGGAAUACUCCAAUGCCAGCUAGCACUUUCUGUCUGAUGAACCAAAGUGAUCCGGAGAAAGUGUCUAGUUACAUUGAAAGGCAUUGGGGCAUUAACUCAUCCAACAAUAAAUACAACUACUACCGAAAUUUCGUGGAAGAUGUUGCUAAUUUUCAUAUGGAAGACCUGUCCAAAUUCUCGAAAUACAGCGAUGAUCCAUCUCUUCUUGGCGUUAACAUGUUACUACUUGCUCUUCAGGUUAUUGCGCCUAUCAAUGCCACUACUACCGUUUUCAAUCCAGAGUACAAUUCCAUUAAAUAUCAUCCCAUUGUCUCGGAGGUGGGCAUCUGCUAUUCAUUUUCGAGCCCAUUUUCAGAAAUUUUUUCUGUGAGGAAAGAAAAUUCAAAUUCAAAUGGCAAAGUCCCUCUAUGCAAUUUUCUUAAUUCUCACUGCUUCACUCGGAUUGAAAAUCUACCUCAGACAAGCUCGAUUAAAUUUUUUGUUCACUCACCGCUGGAAGUUGCAACCUUAGAGAGCAGUGCUAACAUCGUCGAACCUUGCGAGGAAAAUGACUCGACGUUCAAAUUCUUUCAAAUCAUAGCCAGUAAGGAACUGCGCGCACUCAGACCAGAUCAGAGAAAAUGUAAAUUCCAUGAUGAGCCAGGUCCAAUGUCAGAGUUACCCAGUUACAGUUAUAACAUCUGCCGAAUGGAGUGCCGAAAAAAACUAAGCCUUUCGCUUUGUGGUUGUGCUCCCUUUAUCUAUCACUCUAACAGUAUGUCAGCUUCGUAUUUAUUCAUUUAAGAUUUACAACCGUUGCUUCACUUUUCAUGUCAAUUGUUUAGUAUUUACUCAUUAUAACUGAGAUGAUAAGGUAUGGUGUGCUGUCUCAGCAAAAAAGACAGUAUUUAAUAUAAUAAUAAUUUUUAAUCAAAAUUUGUUUUUCCCCGGUGAGUAAGUAGAGGCAUAUAUCCCCAAUACACUCCAUCUAAUAGAACCAGUAUCGUUAUUUUUAUUAAUCGUAAUUGCAAAUACAAUAUUUAAUUUUAUAUUGAAAGAAAUGAGAGAAAUACAAACAUAAAUAAACCAUGUGCAGAGAUUUGGCACAUCACAAUUGUAGAUCCGUUUUUUUCAACUUUCGUCAUUUAUGUUUUCUUUCGUUUUUUUGUUAAAUGAUCUCCAAUUUUUGUUUGUUCCCUACAGUGCGUCCACAUUAGUAAUUUCCUUUUUUGUAUUAUUUUCUGUUAUUAAAUUGAUUUAAUGCCUCUACCA